CAAACUCUCACAUGUUAUCUUGCUCCCUCCACCUUCUCAUACUGUUAGUCUCAGCAUCUGACUUCACAAUUUCAAAAACCAAAAAAGGGAGGUGACAGUCUGAAAAAUGAGGGGCAUAGGGCUACUGUUGAGGAGGCCAGGCUGUCCUUCUCUUGCGAGUGUCUCAAGUCUUUCUUCGCGGCGUUUGUGGUUCUCAUCGACGAGAUCCACCCUCUGCCCACAUCAAACGCAAGUUACGCAGCAACAACAAGGUGAAGGCGUCUUGAAAGGAUCCAAGAAAAGACAGGCUGAGGAUAAGUGGAAGCUGCCAGACUCACCGUGCCGUACCCGUUUUGCGCCCUCGCCUACCGGAUAUCUGCACCUGGGAUCUCUAAGGACCGCUCUAUUCAACUACCUUCUUGCCAAGGCGACCGGCGGCCAGUUCAUUCUCCGCAUCGAAGACACAGACCAGACUCGCCUUGUACACGACGCUGAGCAGAGGCUAUUUGAUGACUUGAGAUGGGCCGGCCUCUCUUGGGAUGAAGGCCCCGAUGUUCAGGGACCAUAUGGGCCGUAUAGGCAGUCCGAACGGCUGUCACUUUAUGACGAGCAUGCCAACCAGUUGAUCCGCGAGGGCAAGGCGUAUAGAUGCUUCUGCUCACCCGAGGAUCUUGAGCGCCACAAGCAGGCCGCACACGAGUCUGGAGAGUCGACAGCGUAUCCCGGCACAUGCCGCAACGUCUCACUAGAGGAAUCAGACGACAGAGCUGCCAAAGGGGAGAAGUAUGCCGUGAGAUUCAAGAGCAGCGACAAGCCCAUCAUCAUCGAGGAUAUUCUCUAUACCCGUUACCGCAAGAGAGAGCCCGAGGAGGACUUCAUCAUCCGGAAGCGUGAUGGUUUUCCAACCUACCACUUUGCCAAUAUCGUCGAUGACCGGGCCAUGAAGAUUACUCACGUCAUUCGCGGCGCCGAAUGGCUCAUUUCAACCCCCAAACACGUCGAGCUAUACAACGCCUUCGGCUGGGAACCACCCAAAUUUGCUCACGUCGGUCUCCUCGUCGACAAAGAGCGCCAAAAGCUGAGCAAGCGCCACAAGGGCGUCGACAUGUCCUGGUACAAGGACAACCAGAUCCCUCCCGAGGCUUUGCUCAACUUCGCCGUCCUGCUCGGGUGGAGCCAGAAGAGUGGUGAGCCCGACUUCAUGACGCUCCAAGAUAUGGUCGACCGGUUUUCCUUCAAGUUCAGCAAGGGUGACAUCGUCGUCUCUUUCGACAAGCUCCCCUACCUCCACGAGAAGCACUUUGAGCAUCUACUCCGGCAGGAACCGCCCAACCUGCCGCGUCUGCAGAGCUACCUGAUCAACCCCAUCAGGGAUAUGAUCACGGCUGUUGAGGACGCCCGCGCCGAAACCCCUAAGGGAGCCCUUGAGGAAACUACAGUUCAUAACAUCCCCCUCCCCUCCCUCGCCUCUCCUGUCCCCCAGACCCAAGAGUCCCCUGCUUCUGCCCAGGACUACAUCCUCCGCGCCCUCCGCACAGCCAAGUCAAUCAAGCCCGAUCUGGAGCUUUUCCUCUCCCAGAACCGGUACGCCUUCUGGACCAUCCCCCCCUCGGUUCUCUCCAAAAACUUUGACGAAACCCCGUCCCUCCAGCACGCCAAGCUCGAUGGUGAGGAAGCCAGUCCCAGUGUCGUCAUGCGCUUCAUCGUUGAACAGCUCAGCGAUAUUGUCUCCUCCAAGGGGGAAGAGGGAUCUCCGGAGGAGAAGAAGGCCGAAGUGGAAGAAUGGAUGGCUGAGAGGAUUAAGCUGGUCGUGGAUGCCACGGUCAAGGCCGUGAGCGUCAGCGACCCGGAAACGGGCGAGCCGAUCAAGGGCGCGGGCGGCUACAAGUUUCUGCGGUGGGCGCUGUUGGCGGGCGAUCAUGGACCGGGACUGGUGUCGGUCAUGGAGUUGCUGGGUAGAAAGGAGACGAUGAAGAGGCUGAUUACCUCGUACAAGGUUGCUCUGGAGAAGGAGAAGGCAGAGAAUGGGGAAAGUGGUUCGGGCACAAUGGAUGCGGUGGCAACUGGUCUUGGACUGGCGUUGUUUGACCUGUUCUAGAACACAAAGGCAAGGGCGUAUGGCAUGUAAAAUAUCGGUAGUUUUGGGCGGAUGGCUGUAGCUGUUGUGCCAUGUAUUACUAUUUGUCGUUUGGAUUUGUCCAUCUAGUAUUCCAUGGCUAGUCCCUGGUUGUCUCUUCUCUUGGAGGAAAAGGGCGUUUGUUGACUAUCAUCUCCAGUC